UUGAGGACCUGCAUCAGCUAGCAUCUCUCUAACUGAGUUGUUUUUACCACAUUUGGUCGCUAUUCUUGCUUCUAUUGAGUUUCCAAUCAUCAGAUCGCAUAUCGAGUAUUUGCCUUUACUUUCUCUUAGUCAAAAUGAGGGGUCGCGGGCGCGGUAUGGGCCGUGGAGGCAUUCUAAGGAGAGGGCCGGCGAAAUUCAGUAACCCAUUUGUUCCACGUUUUCCCUUCGACCUGAUUCUCUGCGAGUCCGCCUUCCCCAGAGUCACCUCAGCACCAGAUGAAACAGCGCUCACUGAGGCCCUUCUGAAAAAGAGCACCGACCUCACGCCGGCAACUCAGGAGCAAACUGCGGUGCUGAAUUUGGUAACCAAACUUCAAGCAGUGGUAGACGCUAUCGUCGUGACCCCUGGAACUUUUGACGCUUGCCAACUAGCUGAGGUGCGGCAGGUCGGCUCAUUCAAGAAGGGCACUAUGAUGAUAGGAAAUCCAGUGGCGGACAUGGUGAUCAUACUUAAAACUCUCCCCACUAGGGAAUCGGUGGAAGCUCUUGCUACCAAAGUCCAUGAGGACCUGAAGGCUCAGGAACCAGAUGAAGUUCUGACGUGUGCAAUUAGCGAAUACGGCUUCGACAUUAGCAAUGGGGAAGUGACUGUGCGAGUCCUGAUAACUACAAUUCCACCAAAUCUGAGAAAAUUAAACCCUGAGCUGCACAUGGACCCUAAAAUUUUGUGCCGAAACUUGGCCGCUAUAAGACACAUACGUUGGUUCGAGGACAACGUGCACCAUUCAUCAGUAAAGGUUUUAAUCAGAGUUCUGAGAGACAUGCGGUCGCGUUUUGAGGGACUCUCUCCGCUCACUCCAUGGAUGAUCGAUCUCCUUGCUCACUACUCUGUCAUGUACAACCCUAGUCGGCAAGCGUUGCCCAUCAAUGUUGCAUUCCGAAGGGUACUGCAGUUGCUGGCAGGGGGACUCUUCUUACCUGGAUCAGCAGGAAUUCCUGACCCAUGUGAAGGAGGCACUGUUCGUGUACACACAGCUCUGACUCUUGAGCAGCAAGAUGUUUUGUGUCUCACUUGCCAGACGCUAAUGAGACUCUUACAGCACGGAGGCUACAAAGUCAUUCUCGGAUUAGAAAUCCCUAAGAAAGAUAUACUUAGCGAACCAACAGUUUGGAAUAAUAUCAACAUGGCGCCACUGGAAAUGUGCUACGAAAAACCGCCAGAGAAGAAAGAGGAGGACGAAUGCACAGAGGACAUGGAGGCAGACAACGCCUAUGAGGAGAUGGAAACAACAGAUCAAGCAUAGUUAUAAAAACUGAAAUCUUUGAAGUUAGCGAUAGAUGUGGCUCAGUGUGUGUUGCAAAUUUACAAUAUCUAAUUGGUAUUAGACACAAUCAUGAUUUGAUUAGUUGAAAUGUAACAAAAAAACUAUCAAGUAAUUUUCAAAUUUUUCCAUUUGAAUUAUCAAUUAUUUAAAAUUUCAUCAGCAGUGAUCGCCCUCAAAUAAAACUAAAAUGAGUAAGGAUGGUUCUUAAUCAUUACAAUCUAAAAUC